GGGCACUUUCGCCAUUUCAGUAUUUUAAGCGAAAACAACCAAAUUUGGGCAAGAAUCAAUCAUUAUAAUUCAUUAUUCAUUAUUAGUAGCGGCAUAUACACACAAACGGUUUGUAAGCAUAAUAAUCAGAAUCGUCCGAACCCUAACCCUAAGGUGCACGGAGAGAGGGAGAGAGACAAUCAAGAUACAGAAAAAAAUGGCGGGCCAUGUUACGAUGGAGGUGGCGAAGACCGUAUUGGAGGUGGCUGAUGUAGCGUGGACUGCCGUAGAACGCUGCCAUCACCACAAUCACCAGACGACGGUGUCGCCGCCGGAAAUCCUGAAAGGAGGGGAUUCGGAUAUUGAAAUACUAAGCUCUGAAAAUGAACGGCUCCGUCAAUUGCUCGAGAAAAAUCUCAAUCUCCUCCAGGAGAUAUCUAGUUCACCUACGUUGUUACAUGAUUGCCCGUCGGAUCUUCAUGAUCGGCUUUUGAAUGCUGUCAAUUCCGAGAGUUUCCUGAACGAACUUGUAUCCCUCCGUCAAAAAUCUACUAGCACAUUCCCCUUUGAUGAGCCAUCAGGUAUAGAUCAAAAUUAUGGUGCUGGAGCAAGUUAUCAUCUAGGUAAAGAUUUGGAAAAAGCAGAAGUUUUGAUUAAUGUUGAUCACGAAGAGCCAAGUUGGUGGGUGUGGGUUCCCGAGGUCCCUAUUAAAAUUGAAGAGAAAAGUGGAAUCGACAGUGAAAAUUAUGUAAUUGUUAGCGAGGAACAUGUAGUGGAUGGAGUUGCUACCUUUAUGGCUAAAUGCAUUUUGGCAAACCCGAACUCUCUGAAUUUGACUCCAUUGGAGCUGCAGAAAGCCUUGAUGAAAGCGCUUGGAGGUAUAAACAAGGUAGAGAAAAUGCUAAACAUUUGGCAUGCUGGAAAGAUGUUUUACACCCUAGCUACAUGGGGUCUUGCUCUUGCAAGUUUGUACCAAGGUCGUGCUAUUCUAAAACUUGCUGCACUUGGGGUUCAUCACUCGAGCAAAGUAGCUUUAAAUGUCCUGUAAAGACGGCGUUUUAUUCGUGUGUGUAAAUUCUAAUGAUCCGACUUUCUUGGUAUUUGUGUGUUGUAUAUACUCUCAAAUUCAUAUUUGUUACUUCUGUUGUUUGAUCUUUAAAUGUACAUAGGUGUACGUGUAAAUGGCAUUGGAUAUUUGGAUUAUUUAAUUUACAGAUUGAUACAAUGUUUAGCUAAU